AUGCGAGGAAGGAAAGAUGCGAGGACGGAAGGAAGCGAGGAAGCAAGGAAGGAAGGAAGCAAGAAAAGAAGAGGCGAGGAAGGAAGGAAAGCGAGGAAGCAAGGAGGGAAGGAAGGAAGCGAUGAAAAAGAGAGGCGAGGAAGCAAGGAAGGAAUGAAGCGAGGAAGGAAGGAAGCGAGGAAGCAAGGUGGGAAGCAAGCGAGGAAGGAAAGAUGCGAGGAAGGAAGGAAGCAAAGAAGGAAGGAAGCAAGAAAAGAAGAGGCGAGGAAGAAAGGAAGGAAAGAAGUGAGGAAGCAAGGAAAGAAGGAAAGAAGCAAGGAAGGGAGGAAGCAAGGAAACGAGGAAGCAAGGAAGGAAGGAUGCGAGGAAGGAAGUAAGCGAGGAAGCAAGGAAGGAAGGAAGCAAGGAAGGAACGAAGCGAGGAAGGAAGAAUGCAAGGAAACGAAGAAGGAAGGAAGUGAGGAAGCAAGGAAGGGAGGAUGCAAGAAAGGAAGGAAGGGCGCAAGGAUGGAAGGAAGGAAGCGAGGAAGGAAGGAUGCAAGAAUGCGAGGAAGCAAGGAAGGGAGGAAGGAAGGAAGCGAGGAAGGAAGCGAGGAGGGAAGCAAGGAAGGAAGCAAGAAAGAAAGGAGGGAAGAAGCAAAGAAGGAAGGAAGCGAGAAGGGAAGGAAGCAAGGAUGGAAGGAAGCAAGGAAGGAAGGAUGUGAGGAAGCGAGGAAGGAAGCGAGGAAGCAAGGAAGCGAAGAAGCAAGGAAGGGAAGAAGCGAGCAAGCAAACAAAAAAGAUAAAGGGACAGACAGCAGUCGGAACAAUAGAUUUGCAAAAAAUCAGAGAAAUAUGGAUCAAAUUUCCCUCGAAAAACUAGCUAUAAGCAACCAUGAAGAGAUAAACAGACGUUGGAACGAUCCCAAUAAAGACUGGGAGAAGUUAAUGGAUGAUUUCUAUACUGAUGAGACUGUAAUACAUCCACCACGUAACCCACCUGUUACUGGGAAAAAGGAUAUCUGUGAGUUUUUUAGAAAAAACUUCCCUAAAAUGAAAAUCCAGAUGAGCCUUAGAGAAGCGCGAAGUCUCGGAGUGGACUCUUAUUUGGGCAUAUUCAAUAUUGUUGGAACAAUUGAUGACAAAGAAGUGGACAGAUUCAUAAAAUAUGAAAUAUGGUCAAAACAGACAGGAUCCUGGAAAUUUUCCUCAUACAUUUGGAACAGCAUUAAUGCUAAAGUUGACUAUUAGUAAAGUACAUGUAUAUUUGAUACAAUACUUACUAUAAAGAAGAACAUGUACUCUUCAAAUUUACUAAAAACGUUGUUAUAGUGAUAAUAUGCUUCUAAAAUAAACAUUCACACAAUGAGUCUUUUGUAAAAGUAACUGAAAUAGAGGUGCAAUUUGAAAUGGCUGCAUUAAGAACAAUAUCCAAAAAUUAAUUAACUGGGUAAUAUUUUGUGUUGAUGUAAUGCCAUCAACUAAAUGGUAUAUUAGAUAAUAUUUAAAAAUUAUUCCUUGAUUUAAAAAAUUCUGAAUGUACUGAAUCACAUAAAAAUUGUGCUUCUUCAAGUAGAAAUGGAAUUUUCAUUGGUG